UGUAAUUUCCACAUUUUUUCAAAUGGCAAACACGUAUUUAUUUAAUCUAUAGUUCGUAGCUAGCAACCCCCAAGGAUCGCGAGCAGUGCGCAUGUCCACUGUCGCCACGGCGGCGUGUGGUCGAUAGCGGGCCCAGCAGUCCGCGCCGCGCCGGGCCCCCGCGAGCCCGUGCCGCGGCCAUGAGGGCGCGAGCCGUGCUCACUGCGCUCACCGCCUGCCUAGCCGCCUCCAUCGCACAUGCGGAGAAGAGCAAGUUCUAUUAUAUGGACUCGCUAUGCAAGGACCAUUUCCUGCAGCGUCAGUACCGCAAGUUGGACGGCGGCGUGCUGUGGUCGCGCAAUGAGCGCAACCUGGACUGCACGGUCACGUUCCAGACGCACAGCAUCCUGCAGCGGUUCAUGCUGCACUUCGACCUGCUGCAGCUGGACUGCAACGAUCAUCUCUACGUGUACGAUGGCGCGCACGCCACCGCACCGCCAAAGGCGGACCUGUCCUGCCGCAACACGAAGCAGCAGGUGGGCGCGCUGUUCACGCGCAGCAACUUCGUCACGCUCAAGUACGUGACCGACAACUGGGGCACCGACGCCAACGGGUUCAAGCUCGUCAUCACUGCCGUUAAAGACCCCAAACAUGGAUGUAAAGAGUUCAGAUGUAAGCAGCGUGAGUUCUGCGUGAGUGCGGACCUGACGUGCGAUGGCGUGGACCAUUGCGCCGAUGGAUCUGACGAGGACACCGCCGCCCUCUGCCCUGAGAGCGGAGGCAGCGGCGGCAACAGCACCUGGAUAGCGAUAGUCGUGGGCGCAGCGGCGCUGCUGGCGCUGGUUGUGCUGCUGACGCUGUGCUGCUACUGCAGAAGCAGAGCGCCCACCAGGCGCACGCAUCUACAUUUGCAACAGAUGGCGAGCAGCAACGGCGCGGGCGGCGGCGGCAAGCAAGGCAACCCCGCCGCCUCGCCCGCCACACGGCUGCCGGGAAACUGGGCGCACCCUGCGGGCCCGCGCGGGUACAGGGCGGCGCGCCCGGGCCGCCUGCGGGCGCGGGCGCAGCGCUGAGCGGCGCCCCGCACAAGGACGAGUGGUUCGUCUGAGGCGGCCCGGUCGGGCCCGCAGGGCGGGGGCGCCGUACCGGCCCCCUACCGCUCCCAACUACACCUACCACUAACACUGCUCUUAGCAUGAGAUGUAUAAUCUUGUGCUAAGGCGGCAGCACAGCCGGCAACACUUUCUGCAGACCUCCCAUAUUACGUGACGUCACGCGACUAGCACUGGAAGACUAAUGUGUCAAGAUAGAGGCUCUUUAGGGGCCCAUCCAGAUGUCAUACACAACCUUAACGCAUUAAUAUAGCAUUAUGGUUGUACAAGACACAAUCAUGUCGUCUGAAUGGUCCCCAAGAAGCCCCUACCUUGACUAUGUAUUCCAGUGUCAGCUGACGCUGUUAAAUGAAAUCGUAGUAUUCACUAUCAACAACACACCUUACGUGAGGAGUUUUCAGGUGUUUAUAAUGUCUCUCUGGCUUAGUAAUAAUUUCAGUGUACAGUUAAUUAAUUACAUAGGCAGUGAGAAAAAAGCCUUCAAACACUUUAAACUUUGACCUGACUUGGACUUGUUCGUCGGAUAUUCGGUGUAAUAUUUUAAACUUUUAUCAGAUCAUACAAAAUACUACGAUUAGGUUUGACUUAACACAUGUGGCGACGGGUGUGACGUAACGUGAGAUAGCGUCAUAUGAGUGUGUCCGGCCCUUAACACACGACACAAAUAGUCGAAGAGCUGGUGACUAUAUUACGUGCUGUGUGAUUUCAUCGCUCUUAAUACGAGUAUUUUAAUUAUAAGAAUAGGACGCGAAUACGUGAUCAUCGCAAAUUCAUACGAAUUUCGUUCGAACGAAACCGCGAUCAAACAAAUUGAUGUCGAAUAGGUGUCCUCUAUACAACAACAAAAUGUUUGACCGCGCAAAAAUGCUGUUCGAACGAUUGUUGUCAAAUAAAAAAAAAAGAAUAAUAAGAACGACAAUUUUGAGAUAAUGUAGGUCGAUGAAAUUAUAACAGUAACGUAUUAUGACCAGGUACUUGAUUAGGGGCCUAUUUCACAAUCACCAGAUAAACUUUAUCUAACGGAUAAAUUUGACAUUUUGACAGAUUCCCAGUACAAAAACUGUCAAAACAUUAAAUUUAUUUGGUAGAUAAAGUUUAUCUGGAGAUUGUGAAACAGGCCCUAAGGCUGAGAUCUAUAAAGCGUACCUACUUUGACUUUGCUCAAGUUUAUGACUGAGUUAAAAAGGGACAGAUUUAUUUUUCAACAUAAAUCUGUCUCGUUUUAAAUCUGUCUUAAGUCCGAGUGAAGUCAAAGUGUGCUUUAUAGAGCUCAGUUAAAUACCUCACUGCCACUACCGUUCCACCACUACACUCCGACCUUUCGACUGAUGCUGUAUAAUCAUGAACAUUGGCAUCAAACUAGAGGGUUCUGAUUCUUUGUGAUAUUAAAAACGUAACUAUGUGUGAAGUCCAUUUUGAGACGUCAAACUUUGAAAAAAUAUUAAUGUACCUAUCUAUAAGAUCUGAUAAGAUGUAAGUCAAAUAUUUUUAGUGUGUUACGAUUUCAAUGACAUAACGAAUAAGCUCUCAGAACAUUUUGUACAGUUGUUGUGACUCCAAUGUUCAUUGAAAUCAUGUUGACAUAAGGCUGUUUUACACCGGUACUAUGUGACAAGGCACAAAUAGAAAUAUGAAUUUUGCUGCCUUUGUGCAUGCGACAAUACGUUAUGCCGCGACAAUAUCGUCAUGUAAAAUUAAAAUACUACAGUGCGAUUCUUGCUAUGUUUUAAAUUAUUAUUGUAGCAUGUGGUCGUCGGGCAUGCUUCAUCGUCACUUUGUAUUUUCCUGGCGUAAAACAGCCUUUAGCGUUAUUGAUGUUUUAAGUCAAAAUUUGCUAGGUAGAUUGAUGCGUGGUGAAUUUACAAUAAUAUAAGCUUUGAAAGUAAAGAAGUUAUGAAGAAUGAAGGUAAAGAUUUGUUAGACGGUGUGAUACUCAAAGAAUUACAUAUCAGUGUUUAAGCUGGAUAUUAAUCGACAGAUAAUUUUGACUUAGAAAACUUUAAACCGGUCAUACUAUUACAAUGAGAAUAUUAUCUACUUCAAUAAAACAAUAAUUCAGAAUGUUAAGAUUAAAAUUAAGGUCGUGAGCAUUGUUUAAGCAACUAAGCAGUCCACGUUACUGUCUCUCGAGCUAUAAUGUACAAUAAUGUUUGGUCUUUGGGAUCACCCAAACUAUGCCUGUUAAUCGCAUGUUUGAAAUAUUAUAGGUAGUGAUAAUGGUGAGUGUAUAAUGUAUAAUACUCUUACUUAUAUUAUUUAUAGGCUGACAACUCGUGGCAAAUUUAAGGGGGGUGCUUGAUAAAGCUAAAGUUUGAAAAUUGAGAAAUAAUAUUUUUAUAUCUUGUAGGCCAGUCUGUGGUAUUUAUGAACCAACCGGUACCAAUCCAGACAGCAGAUUCAAAUGAGAAGAGCCGACAAGAAAUUCAGUAAUUACUUCUUUUCAAAACACUAAACGUUACCAUGUUUAGUUAUAUUAUUAAGGUAACGACUUGUCACAUAUAUUGUGGGUAGCUGGAUGUGAAUGGUUGCUUCCAUGUAAUUUUGUCUUUGAGGAAUUCAUUAAAAAUUAAUAACCUGGACUUAACAAGUGUAUUUGUAAUUUGUACGCAUCGUUUAAAGUGUAAUAGUUAACAGGAUGGUUUCCCCAUUCUUCUUAAGCAGAAUAUAAUAAGGCUUACCAACCUAACCAACCAGCUACAUUUUUGUUUCCAUACUCAAGUAUUGCCAAUACAAACUUAAAGCUUUUAUGAAGCACCUCCUGAAAAUUUACCAUUUGCUCUGCAGCUAUUAGAUCAGUCUAAAGAACGGAACCUUCACAUAUCUGUCGGAAACAUUUAACUUUAAAGAGUAAGUCAUCGGUUCUGCCGCGAGUGUUCCUUUUAAACUAUCGUGUUUAACUUAUAAGUUAAAAUCUACGUGGAGCUGCAUUUCUAAGAUACUAUUUUGACUUGUGGUCGAACCGUAUAGAGAGGAGAGUCAGUUUUUAUUAUUAUAAUCGAGGUUUAAGAUGGCAGUUUCUGUCGCGCCGCGCCCGUAAGGUGUCGUCUGCGUGUUUUGCUCGUGGAUGUUACGGUUAGUACGCGUGACGCGUGUUACGCGUAACAAAAGUUUAGAACGCGUAACACGUAGCUUCGUCUACGAAUUGUAACAUGGACAUGAUCUUUCUUACUCAAGUUUGAAUGUACGCGUUUCGGUAGACCUAAGUAUAUUUAUGCGAGUGAUAGUUUAACAGAAGUUCUAUCCAAUGAAAUUGUAUAAUCAUCUAGUGAUGUAAUUGUAUCCAGUUUGUAAUGUUAUUUGUAUACGUUCAUUGGAUAGCGAGUAGCGUGUGUAGCUAAUUAUACAGUACCAAAAAAUAUUAAUAAAAUCUAUCUCCAUAAACAAAAUUAUAUUAUUAAUAAUGAUCUAUAUGAUAUUAUGUAUGGAUACUUUAUUUAUAAUUUUUUUAUCACUGCUGUUAAUGUUUGAUAAAAAUUAAUAAAAUAAUUCUAAGUAAUAGAAUUACAUUUAAACUUUUGUAACUAAAGUUAUCAUCAUGUCAUUCACUGUACUGCAAAUAUUGUAGAUCAUAUCACAUGUGACGAAUGUACCUAUUUGUUUCGAACUGUAGUCGGACCAUGCUAUGCAUAUGCUGUUAUGUAGUGAACAAAAUAAAGAUGUAUUAUUAUUUAUGACUAAGUUGUCGCAAUAAAUUUAACAAUAAAUUUUAUAGUGAUAUACAUAUCUCAUUGUGAAGCUGAUGUUCAAUGUAUAUUUGGAUCACUCUUUUUAUAAUAAAUAAGAUAAAAUUGUAGGAGUAUAAUAAUUACGGUUAAUAAGCGAUAUUUCCGAUAAACACCUAACCGUGCAGGCGUCACUCACUUCUGCUGUACCAUGACGUUAAAUUCACAUUGAAAAAUACCUACAGAGUAAUUUCUAAUAAUGCAAGUUUUUGGAUGAUUUAUGGGUAAUGUGCAGUAUGCAGGCCGUAACAUGGACGGACAAUUGCCAAAGUCAACCAAUGCCUACCAAGUCAGCCAAUACGUCGUUUAACAUUGAUGUAUCAUCGAUGAGCCUUGGUCUUUCUAACAACAAUAUUUCAUGUUUUAUGGAUAUUACGCAUUUUACCUUUACACCACGCCUCAGGCCUUAAAUUAAAAGACUAUACGUAGCCUGAACUUAGUAUAAUCAUCCCUUAAGUUUCAAUAUAGUCAUGGUACAGCAGUUUCACAUAUCCUUGACCACUGUUGUCGGUGACAGCGCGACGCGACAGAGCAGUCGCUAUAAGCGUUGCAGGGCACGCACAUAUCAUGCAGCUCGGCGGUGUUACGCGAGCCUUGCGGUGCGAGCCGAGCGCUUUGCGGUGCGGUGUGACCUCGACCUUAUAUUCUAUCUUCCAUAAACAUUGCAUUGUUUUACGUUUUGAUAUCUAAUAGAAAUUAACUAAUAAAUAUAAUUUUUAAUGCAGUACUAAAUGCUGUUUAGUAAAAUAAAUAUAACAAAGCUAUUAUAUUGAUUAUAUUUUUAUUUUUGGAUGGUUUACUAAUAUAAUUGGGAUAAAGGGUUGGCAAAUUAAAACCAAGUGGUCACCAAACUGUCGCAAAAUCUUUAAAAACAAACGAGAUUGCACAGCUUUGCCCGUACCAUUUUGAACUGUGUACAUAAUUUUCAGAACAUUUGUCACUGAUGUUUAUGAAGACUUUAAUUUCUGAAAUUUUUUAAUAAUUAAAUUUAUUGAGCUCUAAUUGAAAUCCAACCCGAUAUUGUAGCUAAUUUUGUUGUGUACCAUCUAAAAAAAACGAAAACUAAAUUAAACUAAAAUGGAACAUCUUAAUGUAUUGAUAUCCCUUUCAUAAUGCUCCGUGCAGAAAAGGAUAGCACUAAAUUUAGACUUGUUUAGAGACUGUGCUAUUGAAUUAGCCAAAGGGCCUAUGAAGUGCAGAAAAGAUAGAAUAAAUCAAAUACCGCACCGCACCGCCAACCGCAAAUUGAGCAGUCUAUCCGAACGUAUUCUAUGUAAUAAUUACUUAUGUAAUACUUAAUUUUAGCGAAGAUUUUUUUAGGUGAAUUUUUACUCGUUUAGUCGAAGGCGCGCCACGCCGCGUGCCGUGGGUGUCCAGAUUUUGGUGUUAACGAUAAACGCAAUGUAAAUUUAUCGAUAUGACAUUAAACAUUUUUGGCUUA